CUCUGAAAAUGAUAAGAAUUUACAAUUUCGAAAUUAUUUAUUGUGCAAUCACAUUUCAAUUUAUCUUUCCUUAGUGCUAAACAGUGUUUUAAUCGCAAUCUAGUUAAGUGAUCCUUAAAGAUUUGUCAGUAAAGUUUUAUCAGCAAACGUGACCGAGUUAGCAUAUAUGUACAUAUGUGCGUAUGUACUGCAAAAAAAUACUUGAAAUAAAACGCUGACACAUUAACAAAACUAUAAUUACAUAUGAGUAUACUAGCGGCAAACCAAAAAAAUUAAAUAAAGUGAAAAAUGUUUCGCUUAUCACCAGACGUUUAUACAUUGAUAUAUAAAUUUAAGCGUAUAUUAUUCACUAAGCAAUUGGCUGUUUGCCGAUUUGAAAUAGCUUUCACGACAUAAAUUUUGUAUUAUAUGUACAUAUGUAUGUAGCAAGCGAAACUUGUUUGCUAAAGAAUUAAAAAGUGGCGGUAGGAAGUGAGAGUAAAAACUGUGCUAUUUUCACCGGCUGACAUUGUUUUACGAAAUUUUCGAAAAUGAAUUCAUUAGCACGCCGUUGUGUCAGCAUCCUAUCGACACAAUUAUUAGUGCAGCAACAAAAACAACAGAAACUUCUGUCAGUCUUUAGAAGUCAGCUAAACAAUCACUACCAGAAAAGGUCAACGUCUAACCGAAGGUUUUGCCAGUCAACAAACAAACCGCGCAAACAACAACAAGUACAUACGUUGUAUAAAAAUCUUAAAUCAACAAGUGGAACAUCAACAGCUGUUAGAAUGGGCUCAGCAAAUUGUAAAGAAUAUUCAACAACAACUUCGAAAAGGAUUGAGGAUGUUGCUGCUAAACCGCAGGACGGCACCUAUCAGUCUACAACCCAAGACAACAUGUCGGAAUACACGAGCGCUGUAGAGGUCUGCAACAUCGAAGAUCUGAAGGAUAAUGAAAUGAAAGCGUUCAACUUCGAUGAAGACACUAAAGUGUUGGUGGUAAAGCAGGACGGUGAGAUAACAGCGAUUGGUAAUAAGUGUCCGCAUUAUGGCGCACCCUUGCAUACCGGCGCUUUGGGUCAUGGACGCGUACGUUGCCCUUGGCAUGGCGCCACUUUCAAUACGCGCACCGGCGAUAUUGAAGACUUUCCGGGCUUGGACGCGUUGCCCUGUUUUAUGGUGCGCGUGGAAAAUGAUGGUAAAAUAAAGCUGCGUGCUAAGCGCACGGACUUGGAGAAGAACAAGCGCCUCAAGGAUAUGGUGAAGCGCGAUAAGUCUAACCAGCAAUGCGUCGUCGUUAUUGGUGGUGGGCCAGCAGCUGCCACGUGCGUGGAGGCCUUGCGCCAAGAGGGCUUUAGCGGACGCAUCGUUAUGUUGUGUCGCGAACCGUAUUUGCCUUAUGAUCGCAUAAAGCUCUCCAAAGGCCUAGGAAUACCCAUUAAUACGUUGGAAUAUCGGAAUGCGGACUUCUAUGCACAAUACGGCAUUGAGACGCUAAUUGGUGUAGAAGCGACUAAGGUUGAUACCGUGGCGAAAACUGUGCAAUGCUCCAAUGACGAAUCGAUCAAAUAUGAUCAACUCUUUAUCGCUACCGGUUUGAGUGCCAGAAAACCGCCUGUACCGGGAGUCGAUUUGAAAAACGUCUUCACAUUGCGUGACUAUGAAGACUCAAAGGCAAUAUUGGCAGCAGUAACACCGGAGACAAAUGUGGUCUGCGUGGGUGGAAGCUUUAUUGCAAUGGAAGUGGCUGCAGCGCUGGUCAACAAAGCAAAGUCGGUCACUGUGAUAUUUACUAGUGAUUAUCCAUUUGCCUUAUUCGGCGAUGCCGUCGGAAAACUUUUCUACGAUCUGUAUCGUGAAAAAGGUAUCAUAAUGAAAAAUCAAAGUCAACUCUCCGAAUUGUACGGUAAUGCCGAAGGUUUUGUGAACCAAGUAGAACUAAAUAACGGUAACAAAUUUGAUUGCGAUGUCGUCGUUCUGGGCACUGGUUCGGUUUAUAAUACUGGUUUCUUGGAAAACUCCGGUAUUCAUGUAAAUCGCAAUGGUUCCAUCAACACCGACAUGCAUCUGAUGACAAAUGUGAUUGAUGUCUAUGCCGGCGGUGACAUUGCCAAUGCACCAGUUUUUGCGAAUGCGAAUCAACGCGAAAGCGUUAGUCACAUACAAUUGGCACAAUAUCAUGGACGUGUGGCGGGACUCAAUAUUGCCGGCAACAUUCAGGAUCUACGCGCAGUGCCCUUCUUCUUCUCACUUAUUUUCGGUAAGGGAAUGCGUUAUGCUGGACAUGGUCACUUUUCCGACGUGCUGAUUAAGGGUGAUUUGGAGAACUUCAAGUUCGUUGCUUACUAUCUUGAUAACUAUGGUAAUGUGGUGGCAGUUCUGACAAUUGGUCACGAUCCGGUAGUGGCGCAAUUCGCCGAGCUGCUUAGCCAGGGCAAGCGUUUGCAUCGCUCACAUAUCGAGAACGGUGGAAAUCACUUGAACUGGACGCAUUGGUUGGAUGAGAAAAAGUCGCGGACACCCUGUGAAUGCUGAAGGACGUUUACUGCGUGGGUUUUUAUUAGAAAUAAAGAAACAUACGAUUAUAAUAAAAGGCGUUAUUAUAAAAAUGAAGUAUUACAAACAAAAAAUAAAUAAAAUUAAAUAAUCAUUGAUAAUUAAAUGUACACACGAAAAACACUCCCAACUUUAUACAUAUAUACAUAUUUAUAUACUAUUUUGCAUGUAAUACUCAAGAGAUUGCAAAUGAUAAACUUGAAAUAAAUAAUAAUAGUGAAAAUA